AUGGUACGCGUUCUCGCAAGUGUGGUUGCGCUUUCCAUAUUGUGCGGCAUUCAAGGGGCUCCUGCUGCCAAGGCUGCUGUCAAGGAGGCCACGCGUUCGACAUCUGCUUCUGCUGUUACCGAUGAUCUCAUAACCUUCGAAGGUGCGAAGAAUGUCGUCUAUCAGACGGCUUUUUACUGGGUUGAUCUGGCUAAGUUCUAUCGGGACAUUGUGGUAGCUAUGUUGUCGAAGUCUAUGCAGGGUAAGUAUAACCAAGUCGUUCGUGACGGCAACAAGUAUUACUCCCAAGCGAAGGAUGUUUACUAUGCUGAAGUUGCGCCCAAGAUUGAUCCUAUCAUCGAUGCGGCCACAACUGGUGCUACGGAGGUAUAUAGUUUUGUCAAUGAGAAGCAGAAGGCUCUCACUGCUCCUAGUCUCAAGAAGAUGCAUGCCGCCUAUCCUGCUACUAGAGGGAUCGCUGGUCCUGAGCUCACCGACAGAGCGGUGUUCAUCAUAUUGAGCAUGGCUUUGUUCCGCUGGGCUGUUCGUGUCCUCAAGGCUCUUUUGUUGUGCGUGGGGUUCAUGUUUUGCUCUAAACGCGCGAAGAGCGUUCCAUCUGGCGAGUCAGGUUCGACUGAGGAGGCCAAAGCUCAGCACGGAAAAGUUGAUAUCAUGUCCACUCAGAUUUCUAUCAUCGAAGCUGGUACUGCUGGAUCCACCGUGAUCGUUCGAGAGCGACAAGUGCCAGAGAGGUCGAAGUUCUCGGUGACUGGACCGACCAAGGAGGUGGGCUCGUCCGAUUAUCCUGGUGCGCGCUGUCUGAUGUCCGCGGAGAAUCUUGUCAAGUGA